CUGGAGUAAAGGGGAAUACAGAGGCUGAUAAAUUGGCAAAUAUAGGCAAGACUUUAAAUGUUCCUGCAGACAUUAAAAUAGAUAAAUUUGACUUUUUGCCUUUUAUUAAACAAAAAAUUGUAAACGAGUUUAAAGUUGAAUGGACAAAGCAGUUUAAAACUAAAGGGAAAUGGUAUCAACAAUGCCAAAGUGAUUUUUCUAUAAACCCUUGGUUCCACAAAUUCACAUUUGUGGAUCGAAGGCACUUAACAUCUAUUAUUAGAAUGCGAACGGGCCAUUGUCACACACCAGACCAUUUGUUUAAAAUUAAUUGUAGUGAUACUCCUUUUUGUGAAUGUGGACAGAUAGGAAGUAUAACUCAUAUGUUACUUGAAUGCCCAAUUAACAAAACAAAUCAAUUUGACCUGUAUCAGGAACUAGUUAAUAUAGGAAGUCCAACCCCUAUUUCAAUACAAAAUCUCUUACAUAAUAUUAAUGACCAAACCUUAAGAAAGAUCAAUCAAUUUUUAACAAUAUUUCAAAUUAAAAUAUAAAAUAAAAAUAGUUAUUUGAAAAUCAUAUCACAAUGAAUUUAAAGAAGGGAAUAUGGAAAAAUCCAGACCCUUUGAAAAGAGGAUUCCCUUCCAGUUAGUCUAAAUACGAGGACUGGCCAAGUACCUAAGAGGUGGAGGCCAUGAAACUACAAGAAGAAGAAGAAGAAAAAAAUAUGCAUUGAAAUUUGAAAUACAGAACCCGACAUUUUAAAAGCAUUAUAAAGUGAGUGGAAAGUCAUACAUAGCAAAUAUUGUCACAUUUCUUUCACCCACAGAUUUACCUUAUUUUAACUGAAAUUUGCAUAUAAAAAUAACUUAAAUAAUAUGGAAGUAAAACAAGAAGCUAUGGUGAAAACUUGUAAAAUAGAAACAGAUAAUGAGGCGUGUGAUUGUUCUUUGGAUGUCUUCAAAAUUGAAAGUAAAGAAGAACCCAAGAGAGAAUGUGCAUAUGAUGUAUUUGAUUAUGGAAAGUUAAAAAAUGAAUUCCCCCUAAAAACUGAAGUAGAAGAUGAAUAUAAAAUGACAUCUUUUGAAGAAAAGCAAACGAAGAAUGAAGAAGGUAGUCCCCAAGAAGAUAACAAAAUUGAAAUUAUGGAAACUUCAACUGCACAUUCAUCUCAUAAAGGAAAAUGUACUAGGCCUUACAAAUGUGAAACUUGCUUUAAACACUUUACUCGAGCAAUCUAUUUGAAAAUUCAUUUGAGAGUGCACAAUGGAGAAAAACCUCACAAGUGUGAAAUUUGUUUUAAGCAAUUUAGUACAAGAGGCACUUUGAACAGACAUCUGAGAGUUCAUACUGGGGAAAAACCUUAUAAGUGUGAGGUUUGUUGUAAGCAGUUUUCGCAGAAAGCAAAUUUGGAAUAUCAUUUGAUACAGCACACUGGAGAAAAACAAUACAAGUGCGAGAUUUGUUUUAAUGCAUUUUUUAGAGUUAGUGAUUUAAAAAUGCAUAUGAGAGUGCACACUGGGGAAAAACCUUACAAGUGUGAGAUUUGUUUCAAUCAGUUUUCUCAGAAACCUCAUUUGAACAGUCAUUUGACAGUGCAUACCGGAGAAAAACAUUACAAGUGUGAGAUUUGUCUUAAGCAAUUUUUUAGAGUCGAUGGUUUGGAAAGGCAUAUGAGAGUGCAUACUGGGGAAAAACCUUACCAGUGUGAAAUUUGUUUAAAGCAAUUUAGUGAAAGAGGCACUUUGAAAGUACAUUUGAGAGUUCAUACUGGGGAAAAACCUUACAAGUGUGAAAUUUGUUUAAAGCAUUUUUCUGUCAGGGGUGAUUUGAAUGCUCAUUUGAGAUUGCACACUGGAGAAAAGCCUUACAAGUGCGAAAUUUGUUUUAAGAAAUUUACCGAAUCGGGAAAUUUGAAUAGGCAUUUGAGAGCGCACAAUGGAGAAAAACCUCACAAAUGUGAAAUUUGUUUUAGGCAAUUUAGUGAAAGAGGCACUUUGAAAAGUCAUCUGAGAGUUCAUACUGGGGAAAAACCUUUAUAAGUGUGAGGUUUGUUGUAAGCAGUUUUCGCAGAAAGCUAAUUUGGAAAUUCAUUUGACAGUGCAUACCGGAGAAAAACAUUACAAGUGUGAGAUUUGUUUUAAGAACUUUUUUAGAGU